AUGAUACACAUCAAAUUUCUAACGAUAGUCGGACAUAUAGUAACGGAGGCACACCUCAAAAUCUGUGUACGACUGCGGUGGACCCUGACGACGACGGGUUAACGGGUUGCUGAAUUUGAAGUGACGGCGGCCUUGUCAUGGAGAAGAUGAAUCAGGCGUUUGAGAAAAUGAAAAUGUUAGUAGGAGUUGAGGUGGACGACGAACGUCAAGCUUCUACUGCUACCAUUGAUGACGGCAGCUCUUCAUGGUUUAUGGACGAUUUCAAUCGCAAUUGCACGCUCUCUACAAAACAGCGAUUUUAUGGUUUUGCCAUAUGCUUUGUUGCUGGUGUAACGUGUACAUUGAUGUCUAUGCUUGUUUUCUUCAAUCCAAUCAAAUUUGGAAUAGCUUUCACAUUGGGCAACAUGCUAUCGCUCGGAAGCACAGCAUUUCUCGUAGGCCCCAAAAGGCAAGUGACUAUGAUGCUUGAUCCUGUUCGGAUUUAUGCGACGGCCAUAUACCUUGCUAGCAUGAUAUUUGCUCUUUUUUGUGCUCUCUAUGUCCACAACAAGCUGUUGACACUUCUUGCACUCAUCUUGGAAUUUGGUGCCCUAAUUUGGUAUAGCUUGAGCUACAUACCUUUUGCAAGGUCGAUGGUUUCAAAGGUUAUGGUAGCUUGUUUGGAUACAGAGUUUUAGGGGAAGAUUCUGAAAUCAGCAGACGAAUCAUCCUCAGAUCUUGUGAUGUGACGAUAUUGAUACAUGCACGAUAAGAAGGCAUUAUUGGACUAUGUUGUAUUAUGUUUUUUUUAGCCCUUGUUUAUGUCUACAUAGGCAUCGUUUGUACUCUCUCGCUUAGACCAAUAUUGGUGACAUAAUCUCUCUUGAAUUAUUGUAACUUUCAUUUUUCUUAGACAAAAGUUUGGAGUUUGACCAAAAAAGAAAAAAAAAAAAACAAAUAAAAUUUAGUCCAUAUUUAGCCUUUUUU